UUCUAACAACACCGGAACUUAUCGAUAAUAUUUUCAACAGUUUACCAAUGAGAGAAAUUAUGAACGUUCGAUCCGUAUGCAAGCAAUGGUAUCUUAUAGUGAAUAUUCCAACAAAAAUUGCCGCUUACAUCAAAUCUACCUUUAUUCCACGACAAGUUUAUGUGCUAUCCGAUGGACAUUUUCACGAAAACAGUGUUCCAGGUAUAAAUAUUUUGGGAGUAUAUACACACGAACAAACGGUUAUCAAUGAGAUGAGGCGACUACAUAAGAAAAGAAUCGGUAUCAAUGUCAAUUGUAAAAUUCCUUCUCCAGACACAUUCCGUCAUUUUGAUGGUAACAUAGUUUCUAAUUCUCUUUAUAGUGAAGGAACUUAUCAAUAUUUAAAAAGAGAUGUGUGGGAGGUUACAUAUGUAAAAUUAGUUAACAGGAAGGAAAAAGGUGUGGAAUCAGCAUUUAAUCUUAAUGCCUUUAAAGAUCAUUAA